AUGGCACCCACACGGCGCACGUUAGCACCUCACUAUGCCUCCUACACCGUCUGUGUCACCUACGGUCCUUCUCUUUCUCUCACUAUCCUACGCACCUCCUUAACCUUUCUUCUCUCUUCACUUCUUCUUCUUAUCUCUCUUAAUAACAAAAUUCCUAUUAGGGUUUCGAGACAAUCCAAGGACUCGCUUUCUUACUCCAAUUUGUUCAAUCUUGAGUCUUUGGUGAACUUCAGAGUUCCACAACCAGACGAUGAAUUUGAUUAUUAUGGGAAUAGUAGUCAGGAUGAGAGCAGAGGUAGCCAAGGUGGAGCAAUGACAAAUUAUGUUAAUGGGAAUCUAUCGGAGAGGGAGUUGAGUUCGGUGAAGAGGAAGAGGCGGUAUAACAACAGCGAGGGAGAGGAGGAAGAAGGAUAUUUUGGGGCACGCAUUACAGAGGAUCAGUAUCGCUCGAUGUUGGGAGAGCAUAUUCAGAAGUACAAGAGGAGGUACAAGGAUCCCUUGCCGAGUCCUGCACCUCCUCCUCCCCGAAUGGGGAUUUCCAUUCCAAAGAGUAGUUUGGGUGGUUCAAAAACUAGGAAGCUGGGGAACGAGCAGCGAGGGGGUUAUAUGAUAUGGAAACCACAUCUGAAUGGGUCAAUGACAUUACUCCAUCAAAACGUGGAGACUAUCGUGAACCAGAUUUUACACCCAACAUCAUUGAACUUACCAAGCUUCCAAGAUAUGCGGGUGGAGGAAUUUUACUUGAAGGGUACGUUAGAUUUGGGUUCCUUGGCAUCCAUGAUAGCCAAUGAUAAAAGGUUUGGACCUAGAAGCCGAGCUGGGAUGGGAGAGCCCCAGUCACAAUACGAAUCACUUCAGGCAAGAUUGAAGGCAUUGGCAGCUUCUAGCUCAGCUGAGAAAUUCAGUCUCAAGAUAUCUGAAGAGGCAUUGAAUUCCUCUAUCCCGGAAGGGGCAGCUGGAAAUAUAAAACGCUCUAUUUUGUCAGAGGGCGGUGUAAUGCAGGUUUUCUAUGUUAAAGUUUUGGAGAAAGGAGACACAUAUGAGAUCAUUGAGCGGAGUCUACCUAAGAAGCCAAAGAUAAUUAAAGACCCUUCUGUCAUUGAGAGGGAGGAAAUGGAGAAGAUUGGUAAGGUUUGGGUAAACAUUGUCAGAAGAGACAUACCAAAGCACCAUAGGAUUUUCACUACAUUUCAUCGGAAGCAACUAAUUGAUGCGAAGAGGUUCUCUGAAAACUGUCAAAGAGAGGUCAAAAUGAAGGUUAGUAGAUCACUCAAAAUAAUGAAGGGUGCUGCAAUUCGCACUAGGAAGUUAGCUAGAGAUAUGCUGCUGUUUUGGAAGCGAGUGGAUAAGGAGAUGGCAGAGGUGAGGAAAAAGGAGGAAAGAGAAGCUGCAGAAGCUUUGAAGCGCGAACAAGAGCUCCGGGAAGCAAAAAGACAGCAGCAAAGACUCAAUUUUCUCAUACAACAAACAGAACUCUACAGUCAUUUCAUGUCAAACAAACCCAAUUCACAGCCCUCAGAAGCUUUGCCAAUUGGAGAUGAAACAACAGAUGAUCAAGUAAUGGAUUUGAGCGCUGCCGAAGCUGUGCCUGAUCAGGAAGAAGAUCCUGAGGAUGCUGAAUUGAGAAAAGAGGCUCUUAAAGCUGCUCAAGAUGCAGUCUCGAAGCAGAAAUUGUUAACAAGUGCUUUUGAUACUGAGUGUUCAAAGCUGCGUGAAGCUACUGAUAUUGAGGGACUUAUAACUGAUGCCUCAGUUGCUGGAUCUAGCAACAUUGAUUUGCAGACACCUUCCACCAUGCCUGUUACAUCAACAGUUCAGACACCAGAGUUGUUUAAAGGCAGCCUUAAAGAAUAUCAGUUGAAGGGUCUUCAGUGGCUGGUUAAUUGUUAUGAGCAGGGUUUAAAUGGUAUACUUGCUGAUGAGAUGGGCCUUGGAAAGACUAUCCAAGCCAUGGCAUUUUUGGCUCAUUUGGCUGAGGAAAAAAAUAUUUGGGGUCCUUUUCUGGUUGUUGCUCCUGCUUCUGUCUUGAAUAAUUGGGCGGAUGAAAUCAGUCGUUUCUGCCCUGACUUAAAAACUCUUCCAUAUUGGGGUGGGCUUCAAGAGCGGAUGGUACUUAGGAAAAACAUUAAUCCAAAGCGCCUUUAUCGAAGGGAUGCUGGUUUUCAUAUUCUCAUUACCAGCUAUCAAUUGCUAGUGUCUGAUGAGAAGUAUUUUCGGCGUGUGAAAUGGCAGUAUAUGGUAUUAGAUGAAGCCCAGGCUAUAAAAAGUGCUAACAGUAUAAGAUGGAAGACAUUGCUCAGUUUUAAUUGUCGUAAUCGCUUGCUGCUGACUGGUACACCGAUUCAGAAUAACAUGGCAGAAUUAUGGGCCCUUCUGCAUUUCAUCAUGCCUACAUUAUUUGACAGCCAUGAACAGUUCAAUGAGUGGUUUUCUAAAGGAAUUGAGAACCAUGCAGAACAUGGGGGUACUUUAAAUGAACACCAGCUAAACAGAUUGCAUGCAAUUCUUAAGCCUUUUAUGCUGCGACGAGUGAAGAAAGAUGUGAUUUCUGAGUUAACAAGGAAGACAGAAGUUACUGUGCACUGCAAGUUGAGCUCUCGACAACAAGCUUUCUAUCAAGCUAUUAAGAACAAGAUAUCUCUUGCUGAGUUGUUUGAUGGCAAUCGUGGACAUCUUAAUGAGAAGAAAAUUAUGAAUCUAAUGAACAUAGUCAUUCAGCUGAGAAAGGUUUGUAACCAUCCAGAGUUGUUUGAAAGGAACGAGGGAAGCACAUCUUUCUAUUUUGGAGAUAUUCCCAAUUCUCUUCUGCCCCCUCCUUUUGGGGAGUUGGAGGACAUACAUUAUUCAGGAGGUCGAAAUCCUAUUACGUAUAAGGUGCCGAAAGUAGUCCACAACGAGAUUGUCCUAAGUUCUGAGGUGCUUUGCUCGGCAAUUGGACGAGGUGUUGGUAGAGAGUCAUUUCACAAGCACUUUAAUAUAUUUGCCCCAGAAAAUGUGUAUCGAUCUGUAUUUGCACAGGACAAUAGUUCAGAUAGCUUGCUUAUUAAGAGUGGGACGUUUGGUUUUACCCAUUUGAUGGAUUUGUCCCCAGCAGAGGUUGCAUUUCUGGCAACUACUUCAUUUAUGGAGAGGCUUUUGUUUUCUAUUAUGAGAUGGGGCCGGCAAUUUUUGGAUGGAAUCACGGACUUGCUCAUGGAAGGCAUGGAAGAUGACCUUGGCAAUCACCUUGAGAAACGCAAAGUACGAGCUGUCACACGGAUGUUAUUGACGCCAACAAGAUCUGAGACAGAUAUUCUAAGAAGGAAAAUUGCAACAGGCCCUGCUGAUACUCCAUUUGAGGCUCUAGUUAACUCUCAUCAGGACAGGCUUCUGUCCAGCAUCAAACUCCUUCACUCAACUUACACAUCCAUCCCGCGAACUAGAGCUCCACCGAUUGGUGGUCAAUGCUCAGAUAGAAACUUUGCCUACCAAAUGGUGGAAGAAUUGCACCAACCCAGUGUUAAGAGGUUGUUAAUUGGGUUUGCACGCACAUCUGAAUUUAAUGGGCCCAGAAAGCCAGAGGGUCCUCAUCCUUUUGUUCAGGAGAUUGAUUCUGAGCUACCUGUUUCGCAACCUGCCCUUCAAUUGACAUACAAGAUUUUUGGUUCUUGUCCCCCCAUGCAAAGCUUUGACCCUGCAAAGUUGCUCACGGAUUCUGGAAAGCUUCAAACACUCGAUAUAUUACUGAAACGAUUGCGAGCAGAAAACCACCGGGUACUAUUGUUUGCACAAAUGACAAAAAUGCUGAAUAUUCUCGAGGACUACAUGAAUUAUAGGAAAUAUAGAUAUCUUAGACUUGAUGGGUCCUCCACCAUUAUGGACCGUCGGGACAUGGUCAGAGACUUCCAGCUUAGGAAUGAUAUAUUUGUAUUCUUGCUAAGUACCAGAGCCGGUGGACUGGGUAUUAAUUUGACAGCCGCUGACACUGUUAUUUUUUAUGAAAGCGAUUGGAAUCCUACACUAGAUUUGCAGGCAAUGGAUAGGGCACAUCGGCUGGGUCAGACAAAGGAUGUCACUGUCUACCGGCUCAUUUGUAAAGAGACGGUUGAGGAAAAGAUUUUGCAAAGAGCAAGUCAGAAAAAUACCGUGCAGCAGCUUGUUAUGACAGGUGGUCAUGUUCAGGAUGAUCUAUUGGCUCCUGAGGAUGUGGUGUCCUUGCUUCUAGAUGAUUCCCAGUUGGAGCAGAAGUUGAGAGAAAUUCCACCGCAGGCCAAGGAUAGACAAAAGAAAAAACCAACAAAGGCCAUACGGGUAGAUGCAGAAGGUGAUGCAACUUUCGAAGAUUUGACAGAAACUGUCACUCAGGGUACUGGAAAUGAACCAUCUGAGGAUGCAGAGAAAUUGAAAUCCAAUAGCAAGAAGAGGAAAGCUGCUUCUGACAAGCAUGCUACACCAAAGCCUAGGAAUUCCCAGAAGAAUGAAUUGAAUUCUACAUCGAUGGACUAUGAACUGGAUGAUCCUUUUCCAAAUACUGAGCCACAGUCACAGAGACCCAAGAGGUUGAAGAGGCCAAAGAAGAGUGUAAAUGAGAAACUUGAACCAGCAUUUACUGCCACACCCCCAGACUUUGUUGAAGGCUUGGUCAUCACUGUUAUAGAAGAAACCGGAGCAGCAUUGAGAAGAAGCAAACCCAGUGAUAUUGUAUUGAACAUUUUUGUUUUACCUGUUCAACCCCAGGGAAACGAACAUGAAAACAUGACUUCUGCUCCCCAAUGGAAGGAGGAGAAAUCUUUUAGACGUGCAACUUUGCUAGUUCUUAGGAGCUUCCCGUUUUUCAACGUCAGUUUUAGCAGUUUAGUUGUCUACCAGGACAGCGAACGCAAGGGUCCAGAGUCCAGGCUGGUGGUUGAUGAUGCCUGGGAUUGCAGGAUUCCAGUUGACUUUUGA